GAGCAUCAGACUGCUAGAAUGGUGAGAACCUUUUCUCCCCUCUCUCUCCGUCUUUCUCUUCACUCCCAUCUCCCUCCUCUCUCUCCAUCUCUCCUCCUCUCCUUCACGCCACGUUAUAUGCUAUCCAAACAUCCAUCCAUCCAUCCAGUGCACAGCCGAAUGAGGGCACAGCCAGAGAGGGAAAAGCAACAGAUCAUGUUCUCUGAACCAGAUACAGCUCACAACAGACUCUCUAUAUUCUAAUUUGCCUUCCUCAUUAUUCCUGAAGACCUGGACGAAAAAAAAAAGGACUGAAAGUAACCACUCUCUGAGAAGUCUGGACAUCACCUUGUCAGAGGAACUUGAAGAGAUUCUUGAAGCCAAACCAGGUCUGCUGGGACGUACAGGGGACUGACCUGUUGGGGGUUUUGACGUUUGGUUUUUCUCUUUUAUUCGUGGCUGGCGAAGGGGCCGGUGAAAGUUAGCCAAGACGCCACGUGCCGUGCUCCGCGUGAAGAAUGCCCAGGCUCGCCUGCCCAAGCCGGCGGACACGGCACCGGCACCAACGCCGGGACUGUACAUGGAACGUUCGCAGAGUCGCAUCAGCUUGUCAGCAUCCUUCGAGGCCCUGGCAAUCUACUUCCCCUGCAUGAACUCCUUUGAUGAGGAUGAUGGCGACCCAGAGGGCCGCAGGUUAAAAGGUAUUCAGCGGAGCACAGAGACAGGACUGGCCGUAGAGAUGCCCAGUCGCACAGUUCGGCAGGCCAGCCACGAGUCCAUAGAGGACAGCAUGAACAGCUAUGGCUCAGAGGGCAAUCUGAACUACAGUGGUAUGUGCUUGGCAUCAGAUGCCCAGUUUAGCAACUUUCUAGAUGGGAUGGGACCAGCUCAGUUUGUGGGAAGACAAACACUAGCUACCACUUCAAUGGGAGAUGUGGAGAUCGGUCUGAUGGAGAGGAACGGACAGUUGGAGGUGGAGAUCAUUCAGGCUCGAGGACUCAUCAUGAAGCCUGGAUCCAAGGGCCCUCCAGCAGUGUAUAUCAAAGUGUACCUUCUGGAAAAUGGCAUAUGUAUCGCCAAAAAGAAGACAAAGUCAGUGCGGAAAUCUCUGGAUCCCCUUUACAAUCAAGUCCUUGUGUUCUCAGAGACUCCACAGGGAAAAGUUGUACAGGUCAUUGUUUGGGGAAACUACGGCCGGAUGGAUCGCAAAUGCUUUAUGGGCGUCGCACGCAUCCUAUUGGAGGAGCUGGAUUUGACAAACAUGGUGAUUGGCUGGUACAAGCUUUUCCCGACCUCUUCAAUGGUCGAUCCCACAAUGGCACCGCUGAUUCGACACUCUUCACAGCUCUCCCUGGAGAGCACUGUCGGACCGUGCUGUGAACGUUCCUAAGACUAAUAACUAGUUUUUCUUUUUCCCUGGAAGGGCUCUCGAAGCCCUCUAUCAUACGAGUGCUGUCGGUGCAUGACUGCAGCACUGGAACCCUCUGGAAUGUUCUAGAAUUUUCAAGACGUUUUCAGAACAAAACACCUUCUGGAACAUUCCAGAAUGUACCACAGAGGUACUAAGGAUAUAUUCCUUUUCAACCUCAGAAGGAAAGAGAUCAGGAAAGGCAAAGAAUGCAGAUCAAACCUUUGGGCUUUAUUUUAGCUUUCGACACAUUCGCUUGAGCUGGUCUCUAUGUCUUUCAAAGGAAAAAUCCUCUGUUUAGAAUUGAUUUCCACAUAAAAGGCAAACGUUUGGUGCAGUCAUCGUUUUGAGUGCUACCACAGGUUGAUUGUUAAUGGAAAAAAGGGAUGGGUUUUGUGCAAUAUGAGAGAUGAAUGUAUUGGUUAAAAAGUGCGGGUUUGCAUUUAUUUUCUUGCGUAAUUAUCAAUAAACGAAAAGAUACAUGUCUUACAAAGAUUCAAUAUAGUAUGUAUAGUUCGAAGAGUUAAUGUUUGUGAUUUCAUGAUUUAGUUUGGAUCUUUUUAUUUUAUUUUUGUCUUUCUCAUUAUUGAACAGUGCCAAUGCUACCAGCAAGUGGCUUUACUUAGUGGUUAGUGUCUAUAUGAAUAGAGGCUUUAUUAACCAAUAACUUAGGCCGACACACAUUUCUAAAGACUGUCGCUGGUUGUCUACAAUACAUUCUGAAGUGACAGUGACCUCUUGUAGAUUUUUCAUGAUGUCACUGUGAUUAUUCCCCAAUUACACAAAUUUGCUGAAUUUGAAUAAACAUUUUUAUGAACACUUAUUGAACACCAAAAUUCUCUAAAAACUAUUUGAAAACAAAAAAUGUGCAUUAGGUUGUUGGCUGAUUAUGGAAAUGACACUAGGCGGCGUGACCACUUAAUCUGGCACAGUUAUCUCAAAAUUGUCAGGUAUCGUCCGAUGAAUCUCCCCGAUCGGUAUAUCGUUCUAUCACUAAUUAUGACACGAUGAUUUAAUUUUGCACUUUAUAAUCUGAAAUGUCUUUUUAAUAAGCGACUGCUAGAUUGGCAUGAGCCAACAUUCCUUUUUUUUAUUGAAAUGAUUAUUUAUUGUGACAUUUGGGAUUCAGAAUCUCAAGUAGCUAUGAUAAGGAUGUAGCAUUAAUUAUGGGCAUACGCAUGAAAGGCAUCUUAGUUUCCCAUGAUCUAAUGAGAUGUUGCAUGGAAUUAUUUGAUGCGUUAGAACGUUUUACUGGCAGUACAGCGAACAUGUAGCAGCAUACGAUCAAACAAAUACUGUUACAUUGCACAUUGAUUUACUGUGUGACAUCUUAAAUCAAAAUAAGAGUCAGGUCUUAAUAAAUAAUUAUAGACAUAUGAAUUGUAUAAACUAUUUUAGCAAGACAUUUAUACACCAAUAUAAAACCAUGGGAAGACAACAGACAUUUUUUAUGCCCACUUUAAAAAUAUGUUAACUAUCUGACAAUUUGUGAAGAAAUGUACUCUUUAUCACUAGAAAAAAGGAUUUUGUUAAAGAUUAAUUCCACUAUGAAAAUUUACAGAGUGUGUAUUUAAAUUAGAGCUGAAAACUGUAUCUCAGUCGACUUUUAAAACCCUCAUAAUCAAGUUGUUAAGGCCAUACAUGAAGCACUGCCACAUUCUUUUUGAAAAGUUCAAUGUUUAUUGUCUUAAGAAGCAAUAACUUGCUCACUUUAUGCGUUACAGGGAGUAAAGCCAGAAUAUGUCUCCGCAUUACAUUAGAAACUUUGCAUCCAUGUAGCAAUACAGUAGAUACUUGGUUUAAGACACAGCAAUUCUCAGUAUACAGUAAUGGCUGAAUGUUUGGGAUUCUCGGGAAUUUAGUGCCAAAAAUGUACCUUUUAUAGGUGUGUUGGGUUUAUAUAAAAAUGAAUGAUUUGGAACAGUUUAAUGAAUUACAUAGAAACAAACAAUACAUUGUAUGCUCAUAUAUACAAUGCACAUUGUUAUACAUCAGUUUAGUACAGAAUAUCUUCACUGGUCAAUCUGUGUUACAGCUGGAAAAAUUAAUUUUGAUUCGAGUUCCAUAUUAUUGGUGUAAUUAUUGUAAAUAAGACUCAUGGUGGGUGAAAUCAAUGCUAGGAAAUGAUUAUAUAAAUGCAUUUUUAGGCUUUAAUCUGUGGCAAAGUAACACAAAUGACAGAUUGAAAUAUAUUUAUUUGGCAAAAAGUUAUUGUUCAUAUGGCCAAAUCUGAAACGGAUAUACUGUAUUUAUUGCUUUUCAACUUUAAAUAUCCUCAAGUUUACACUGCAGGUGUUAUAAAACUGUAUACAAUGGAAUAUGUCUAUUCAACAAUAUUUUGAAUGAAAAUGAAUGGUUUUCGGAAAGCCUUAAUAACUCGUAAACCAGAGGUCUUAACACGAUGCCAACUGUACUGCGGAGAAUCAAGCAUGCAAGAAUGUAAUUCAGUUUUCAUCUGUAUUGUAUUUAUUAUUUUCUCAUUCUUUAUUUCUGCCUGUCUUUAUUGAAAUGUUUCAUUUUAAGUUUUUUUUUAUUUGAUUUAAAUUGCGAGUAUUAUGGCCAUUUGAGUCACAUUUUUCAACACUUAGUUUUGUAACUAAUUAAUUAAUCAUCAACUAUCCUUGUUGAGGUCGAUAGGGCAAAAUAAUCAACAUAUUCUUAAAUUGGAUGCUGUGAUAUUUUUCUUUGUAGAGAUACUUGUUUAAUUCCUUAUUACUGUUCAUUAUAUGUACAUUUGAAUUCGUAAACUCAAAAAUGUCACUGUUAAUUAAUGCACAAUUUGAUGUACUGUUACUCUGUUGAAAAUGGAAAUAAAGAAUAAAAUAGCUCACUCUGAUUUACAAAACCUUGUGCGAGCUCCCUGAAGCUUCAUAGGUUUAAUUCAAUGUCACAGAUGUGUAAAGUAUCCUUAUCCAGAAACCGUCUGAUAAGAUUUGAUAACAAGGAAAUAAAAGUGAGCUGGACAGAUGGAAUUGGAUAUUUCUGACUGCGUGAAUGUAAUAGUUAUAAAGACUGUCUGCUUCUCUUUGGUCUUUGUCUGGGCAUCAAGGAAAAUUAGAUCAAGCUCUAUUGAUUUGAGAAUUGAGCUGGAUGUUGGUAUUUGGGAGAUACAGUUUCAUUUUUGUACGUAGAU